CUGGUUGUCGUCUCAUAUUCAGAGAUAGGUUAUAUUUGUUAAUUAAACUGUCAAAAUUGCUGAAUUUUUAAUUAUUGUUGAUGGUUAUUAUGAAACCUGUUGUAAAAAGUGAUGAACGAAACGCAGAAGCCUUUUGUCUGCAGCAUUAAGAAUUGUACAAUGACAUUCACAAACGAAGAUCAUUUGAUUUGCCACAACAAAAGACACGAAGUAAUGUUGAAUCUAGGUUUGACAAAAGCUACAGAAAUUGCAGAUCAAACUCCAACACCAACUAGGUUUAUUAAGAAUUGUGAAGAAUUGGGAUUGUUCCAAGACUUACAAAACGUAAAUCCAUUUGAUGAGGUCUUCAAAAAGGCUGCAGAAGCUGUAAAGAAUGGCACUACGCUGGAAGUCCCUCCAGGACAAAACUGUGAUGAUUCUCUACAUACACCACAUAUAUUGCCUCAUUUGGAGGAAAGAAAUAUAAAGAUUAAAUCAAAACCAGAUGAAGACUCUAACUCAAAUGAGUUUCUAUUAACUGUACCAGAAGGAGCAGCAAGCACCACACGAGACUUGGUGGUGGAUCGCUUGAAGCAAAAGGUGAACAAAGUGGCACAAAAUAAAGGAUUGGAUAAUGAGAGCCCACCAACUACAGCUCAAAGUCCAGAUCCAAGAACAACAUUAGAUGAUCCCAAACGGGAAAAAAUUAAAGAAAUGAAUAGAGCUGCUCAAAUGAGAUGUAGGAGGAGGAAACAAGAGAAAAUAUUGCAAAUGGAAGCAGAACUGCUUGCUCUGAGAGAAAAUAACAGAAGACUGAGAGUAAAGAACUAUCUGUUGAGUAUUGAGAAUGAGCGACUUAGGAAGAUUGUGAGUGGACACAAUAUAGAAAUAAGUGGGAAUAUUUCCACUGCUGUAGAAGCUGCAAGGAUUGAAAAAGGACAAGAUAAAAAUCAAAAGCCUGUAAUAGUGCAAGUAUUACCUGUACAAGCAGUACCUUUGCCUGUUGUACCCAUACAGUUGAUAGAGGAAGCAAAUCUACAAAAAAAAUCGGAGAGAAGAUUGGUACACAUCAUUCCAAAUCCAAAAUCCAAAGCGACACAAAAAUGAGUAUUAACUUGACUUUAUUAACCAAUUACAGUAGAUAUGUGAGAAAUCCGUUUUUUGGUUCUAAGCACUGAAACUAUUUUUAUUCAGCUGCCACCAUUUGGAGAUUAGAGCAAUAUUUGGUUUUGUUUGCUUUAUAUUGGUACUAAACACAUCUCAAUUAACAGAAGGGCAUUCUGACUACUAAAGUGAAAUGAACUUUCAGUUAGCACGUUGACUGCCACGCUGGACCCAUGAAACCCGCUUAAAUAACUUGUCUCGAGUCGCGCUGAUCCUUUGGGAACAGCAGACUUUCACUUAGGUGUGGAGCCGCUGGCCGCUUUUAUAAUGUAAUUAUGUUGUUUAGGGAACCGGCACGGCCUCAUAGAAGAUAUCUAUAAAGCGGGGUUUUCACAAUACGAGUAUACUCGGUCCGAGUACGCCGUACGAGCUAGACCGUAUAGGAGUGUAUGUUGAAGAUAUUUACGGAAGUUGGAUAUCAGACAAGUGUAACUUGUGAAGUAUUGUCUCAAACUGUUAACGGGAACGGGAUCUACGUGUUGUCAUCACAGCUAUAUUUAAGCGACUGCACAUCACAGUACCAAAUAGAUACAACACCGGCUGUCGACCGUCUCAUAUGACACUAGAAAUGUCGCAACUCAUACCUAAAUAAUCGUGAAUUCAUGAUAUCUACAACACCCCCACUAUAUCAGGAAUUCACCAUUUAACGACUGUUAAACCUAAACAACAAAUCUAGGCUGUAGGGUUUCUGCAGUAGCAAAAUCUUCACUAGAAAAUACGUCGAGGUUAAAGGAAAAUAAUCCUGUCACUUUAAAGCCUUUAAUGGCCUUUUCCGGGUUAGCUACUCUGCUGAAUGCCAGAAUAACUCAGCAAUAUCUCCAGGAUUAAUUUUUUCCCCAGGAUGAUUCGUUAGGAAUUUGGAACAUUCCGAAUUAAAAGCUGCCUUUCAGGGUGCAUAGAAGGUCAUAUCCAAGGGCUGGAGACGGUGGGAUGAGUGUGGAGGAAUGGUCAAAACUAUAAUUCCAUUUUCUUUGCAAAAAUUGUAAGCUGAGAAGGUGCAAUGAGUGAUAUGGUUAUCCAUAAUCAAAAGAACUGGAUCUUCUUUAGAACAUUUUAUGAAUAACUGGAAAUUUCUUAGCCACAUAAUAAAUAAGUCUUCUGUGAUCCAUCCAUUUUUUGAGCACCCGUAGAUGGCACCUGGAGGACCAUUUUGCUGAAGAUGUACUGCCAUUCUUUGGCGGGCAGAUAUAAACAUGGGCGGAAUGUAACUACCCGAAGCGUUGAAAGCACACAUGCUGUAGUUGUUUUUCCCCGCUCCCAGCUUGUGACAAAACCAACCCGUUUUUGCCCUCGUUCUCUAAAUAUUUUAGGUGGACGCUGCACGGUGGUAACGGUAGUUUUGUCGCAAUUAUAUAUUUCAUUAGGUAUAAAUUUAUAUUUUUCCAUGACUUCAGAUACAUUAUUCAAAAAAAUGGAUACCUCUUCGCGAUUAAAUGCAUUAAUUCGGUUAAUGCUGGUUCCUUCGGGUUUUCUUAACGCAAUAUUGUGUCUAGACGAGAAUCCAGCCGCCCAGUCGUUGCCAGCCAAUUGUUUUUCUUGAUUCAAUGGGACAUUGAUAUUGUUGGAUUUUGCAUAGGCAUAUGCGCAUCUUCGCACUUCAAUGGGAGUUAACCCAUAAAAAUGUUUAGCCAACUUUUUUACUUCUCUUCUUUUGAAAAGACUGGCUUACGUCCCAACGAAGGUCCAGAAUUAACCCUUUCACUGCGACGUACGUUUUUAGCAAUGUAUUACCGUGUGCGGUCGCCACCAAGCUCAUCGGCUCCGUACGUCUCCCGCAGCUUGGGCUAGCAGGUCCCGCGUGUUUCGAUUACACAGUGACCUAGGUAUCGUUCAAAUUAAUUUAAAUUUCCAACUUUAUUAUUAUUUAUUAGAACUAAUUGAUUUAUGAAGUUACAUAAAAACAAAAUAUAUUCACAAAGCAAAAACAAAAAUAACAACACUAAAAUUUUUUCAAAGUAUGAUAAUGUUCAAAACAUGGCACCACGCAAAGAGCUACAUCACAUUUCAAACAUCUAUAAGUUGUUUCCCUACGCUUUCGUCUCUUAGAACACACCACACAACGUCUAGGUACAAGUUUAUUUUGUUCAUUGCGCUGUUCUGUUAGUGAUGGAAAAUGCCUUUCUGUUAGACGUAAUGAAAAAUUUUCAUUUGCUCUCCCUGCUACAAGCCGAGGAUGAGCUUUUUUGUGUUCAUCUAAUAGUUGCUUUACCAAUUGCAAUUGAAAAUCUAUUAGGGGCAACUUCUUUCCAGUCUUUAGUUGGUACAAGGCAUGCGCAUUUAGUAUUGAUAUAUCCAGUAAGUGGAAGAAUAUUUUUUUGUAACAUUUUAUGGAUUUGCGAAUUGUUUCUGUUGAGCUAUAAAGCAUAUCGCAUCGAUCGGCUGCUCCCAUAUUUUUAUUGUAUUCUAAAAUACACACGGGUUUCGUGACUUCAAUUCCACGUUUGUUUUGAACAGGAACAACAUCUGCUGUAUGAAAUGUCGUCAGCAUCAUAACAUCCCGUUUAUCCUUCCAUUUCAAUGGUAACAACGUAUCCGUCGACGCAUGUUGUAAUUCACCACUAUUUAGUUUUUUUUUUAGUGGAGG